AUGGCGGUGAACGUGUAUUCCACUAAUGUGACUUCAGAGAAUCUGUCUCGACAUGACAUGUUAGCAUGGGUUAACGAGUGUUUGCAAAGUAGUUUUGGCAAAAUUGAGGAACUUUGUACAGGGGCUGCCUAUUGCCAGUUCAUGGAUAUGUUGUUCCCUGGCUCUGUUCAGCUCAAAAGAGUCAAGUUUCGAACAAAUCUGGAGCAUGAGUACAUACAGAAUUUCAAAAUUUUGCAAGCUGGCUUCAAGAAAAUGGGUGUUGACAAGAUUAUACCCGUAGAUAAAUUGAUAAAAGGCCGAUUCCAAGACAAUUUCGAGUUCUUGCAAUGGUUUAAGAAAUUUUUUGACGCCAAUUACGACGGUCGAGAUUACGACGCAAUCGAGGCCCGUGGGGGUAUAGGUCUCGGUUCGGCCGCACAUGAGCACCAUGUCGGAGGACUUGUGCCUCAUCACGCCCCUGCAAAACCUGCGCCCACUCGACAGGGUAAAAGGACAACCGGUCCGAUGGCGAAACCGACCCUUAACAAUAUGCCGAAAGUUAACACCGUUCGACCAAUCACUAAAAACCCCCAAAACAAGGGCGGAGAUGCAGGCCGCUUGGAUGAAUUAACAAAUCAAAUUGCGGAUUUUAAGAUAACCAUUGAUGGGUUGGAGAAAGAACGAGAUUUCUAUUUUGGAAAGUUGCGAGACAUCGAAGUUAUGUGUCAAGAGUCUGAAGAUGCUCAGAAUCCUCUGAUUCAGAAAAUAUUAGAUGUUUUGUACGCCACAGAGGAGGGUUUUGCGCCUCCCGACGAAGUGGAAGCUGGGGCUGAUGAAGACGAAUAUUAGUAAAUUAUGCCGCCUUUUAUAUGUUAAAAAUUUUUGCAUUGUUUUUCAAGUUAAAUCAUGCAACUUUAUGUAAGUUUUUUCUGGUUAAUUUAAGACAAUACUUUUUUAUAUGAGUGUUGCUUACAUGUGUGCGUUGGUCUCAUUGUAAGUUGUUGAUAUUAUUGUCUAUUAAUUUAUAUUUGCCAUUUAACGCAGUUAUAACAUUAAGUUAAAUGGAUAACAUGUUUGCAAAAUUAUUGUCAUAUAAAUUUCGGUUUCUAUAA